UUAAUUUUGAAUUGAUUUUUGAUUCUAGGAGAAGCAAAAUGGCGGCCAAUGAAGUGGAAGUGGAUGGUGGAGGGGGAAGUGAUACAGGGUGGUUGGUGGAUAUGUUGGCUGAAACUCAGCUGGAACAGUUCUAUGCCAGGCUAAGGGAUGAUCUACAGGUGACGCGGCUAUCACACUUUGACUAUGUUCAAGCGGAUGACCUUGAACGUAUAGGCAUGGGCCGCCCUGGAGCAAGGCGGUUGCUGGACGCUGUCAAGAAGAGGAAAGCCCAACAGUGGAAGAAGAGCCUCAUCACUAGACUAAAUCCUCUAAACGCCAGUAAACAAUUGAAUGGAACGGGAACGAUGGGCAAAAAGGCGGGGCAACAGUUGCAGAGUUCCUCCUCCUCUUCUGACGUCAUAGGGCUCAGUCUCACCUGUCUCAUACAGGAGAAGGAUGUCAGUUUGUCGAAUAAGCUGGGCGACGGUCUGUUUGGCGUGGUGAAGCGUGGAGAGUGGACCACUCCCAGUGGCCGAAGUGUGGCCUGCGCCGUCAAAGUCCUGAAGGCGGACGCGUUGAGUCAGCCGUCAGUUUUCGCCGAUUUUGCAAAAGAAGUGCAAUCCAUGCAUCAGCUAGACCAUCCCAACCUUAUCAGACUGUACGGUGUGGUGCUGACCCAGCCCCUGAUGAUGGUGACAGAACUCGCUCCGCUCGGUUCGCUGCUCGACUACCUACGCAAGCAGUUUGGGAGUGUGCUGGUGACUGUGUUGUGGGACUAUGCACUGCAGGUGGCGACUGGCAUGGCUUAUCUCCAACAGAAGCGAUUCGUUCACCGCGACCUCGCUUGUCGUAAUGUUCUAUUAACCGCACAGGACAAGGUGAAAAUCGGUGAUUUUGGUUUGAUGCGAGCCGUACCACAAGAGGAGAACUGCUAUGUGAUGACAGAGCACAGUAAGGUGCCCUUCCCUUGGUGUGCGCCCGAGUCACUGAAAGCCAAGCAGUUCAGUCAUGCCUCCGAUGUCUGGAUGUUCGGUCAGUGCAUUCAUUCACAUUAUUACAGUAUG